AUGAUUCCGUUGCCUUCGCACCAAAACUUUAUCCAACAAAUAAGUCAAAUACGUCGAAAUAAUGUUAAUUAUGAUGUUAUCUUUAUCGUAAACCGGAAACCUAAUACCAAACAAAUGAUCGGCCAUUCUCUCAUUUUGAAAGUUAGAAGUUCUUAUUUUCAAAAAGAAUUUCAACGUAUUGACGAAUGUAACAAACUUGAUACGACAAAUUGUUAUCAACUUAAAUUUCCAGAAUAUACCUUUGAGUUAUUUGACAUCAUUCUAGAGUUUAUCUACGGUAACGAAAUCGAUAUUUCGACCAAGGAUCCGGAAUUCAUUCUAAACUUAAUGAAAGCUGCCAACCGUUUCGAGCUGACGAGUAUGUUUGAGUAUCUUCAAACUUACAUUAUCGAAUCUCAGUCCGGUUGGAUCAACGAAAACAUUUUCAAAUUAAUUCCUGUGGUAUUUGAUAACGAAGAUUUUCCACAACUGCGGACAUCAAUUAUCCGUUUGAUCUGUAAAGAUACGAAAUGGUUUAUCAGCUUUGAUCAAUUUAAUGAGUUGUCUGAAGAAUUCUUGACCAAAUUCUUACAAAUAGAUGAUUUAUCAAUCGAAGAAUUUCAUGUUUGGAAUGCUGUGCUUGAUUGGAUACUUUCAAAGAAUGUGAAUCUCUGUCAAAAGAAAAAAGUAACUCAAUGGUCGGAUCAAGAGGUGAAUUAUUGCAAGGUAUCAUUAAAACCUUUUGUACCGUUUAUCCGGUUCUUUCAAAUAUCUAGUUUUAAAUAUUGGGAUUACAUUCAUGAGUUUGAUAAAGUUUUACCAGAAGGGCUCGUGGAAGAAAUGCUAGAAUAUUAUUUAAAAGGUUCCCUACCAACCCACUUUCCUUUGUUGCCAUUAAGAAACGUUCGAAAGAUCGAUUCGGACUUUAUUUCGUCAAGGCAAGCUGAAAUCAUUUCACUUUGGAUCGAAAUUUCACCGAGAUAUUCUCCAGAUGAUAGCGACGAAAAUUCGACGAUGGACACAGGGGAACAUCCACUUUUAAUUUCUUCAACCGUCGAUUUUUUCCCGACAAAUACUUCAAGUGAUUGUAAUAAUUCAUCUAAUAGUGAACCUGUUGAUUUUUCUCCAAUAGCGACUUCAAGCGAUGGUAAUGUCGCAACUGCACCUAAUGAUAAAGCUAUCAUUACUUUAUUCGAACAAACUGAUGCUUUCUUGUUUUCGUUCAACAAGGGUGAUCGGAAUAAUAUGGGAAGGAUUAGUUCAUUAUGUGUGUGGGAAUUUAUUCAUAAUUGUAGAGAGUGCGGUCCAUGUUUUGGUACAACGGACCUAUGGAUUACUCCUAAGGUUGCUCAUUCAACGAGGUUUAAUAUUCCUUAUCAAUGUUUAGAGAAUUUUGGAUAUCAUCGACAAGAUUCAUACGAGAUCAAUUUAAGGGACGAACCGGGUGGUUUUCAAUUCGUAGAUUACGAGGUUUUUCAGGUGGUUCGUGUUUAA